GGAUCCAAGAAUCCCUGUAUGGAAGGCUCCGUGGCUGGUAUAGUAGACUGCCUGUUAUCUUCGACCAGUAUCAUAGCCCACCACCCUAUAUCAUCUUGCUGAGGUGAGUGACCUGCUUCAGCGUUGGCUAGACAUCUCCGGCUGUCUGCAGCGGCGGCGCUUGCAACAGGUUAUAGUGAUAAUACAAGUUGCUGAUCGGAGCAGGAUGCGUUACCAUACGUUAGUGAUCAACAUCUUCACCUUCAGGACGGAGCGAGAGUUCUCUGAACAGCAGGCGACUAAACAACCGGUGGAUGGAAUGCAGCAUACCGUUACAGGUUGGCACCAGCGGCUUCGGAGCCCUGCUUGCUGGUUUACCAGAACGUGUGGAUCCGGCCGCCUUGACUACUGCCUUACCGGCAACGACAGCGGUACCGGACAUGUGGCCUACUCAGGAGAAUGGAGGGGCUGCAUUUAGCAACGAUCAUGUUAUGGUACCCGACUCUGGUAACUUCGCACAGCUUUUCCAGUUGUAGUUGCUCUGCCAUAGUAAUUGAUUAUCUUCUGAGAUGCGCACAAGUAUACCGAUCGACAACCAUAAUAUAAUCUGUGUCACGCAGUGCACAUCUGCUCUCACUAAAAGCUGGCUAAGGCCACUUUCGACACGGAGCAUUGCC